AUGGCUCCUGGGUCCCCACCACCCCUGGGUUUCACGCACCCCACAAAACAAGCUCAGAGUGCCCAGCCUCCCUUCUUUGGGUCUCCAGGAAUCAUCACCAAGAGUCAGCAGGGCCAAGGAAACAUACAAAUGGUAAACCCAGCUACAGGAGCAGCAACCACAAACUUUAGAGAAGAAGCAAAGAUACUAGGGGCAAUCCAGAUCCUGAUUGGAUUGAUGCACAUUGGUUUCAGAAUUAUUUUAGGUUUAAUGGACGCCAUUUAUGGACUAGUUUUUGCAUUUCUUUCCUUUGCUUUUAUUAGCGGAUAUGCGAUCCGGGGUGGCAUCUCUAUUAAAGGCAGCCUAGGCAUGAACACGGUCAGUGCGAUCUUUGUCUCCACUGGAGUGACUCUGCUGCUGCUGGAUGCGGGUAUGAAUGGGAUCCUCAGCCAAGACUGCUGGGCAAUCGUAAGUAUCCCAUCAUCCACCACACGUCUCCUCUCUGGCCACUCUCACACAUUCCUUUCUGGGAAAGGAAUCUCAGCCCUGCUGAUCAUCUUCUCGGUCUUGGAGUUCUGCACAAAUUCUGGGCCUCUUCUCUGUAAAAUAAUUGAGUAUGUGCUGGAGGAAGAAGAGCAGCAGUCAAGUCCCACGGCAGGUUCCCAAGAGCUCAGCUUGAGUCAGGGGAGGGAGAAAGGGCUGGGGACCAGGACUGAGGAGGACUGUAGUAACCAUAGUGCUUCUUUUAUUCUUUCUUCCCAGCCUGUCCUGGUUAUUCCAAAUGUGUAUGCAACCAGUACCUUGGCACCAGAGUCUUCCUCAGCUCCUCCCAGAGACGAUGGCCACCUCGCUUAUGCCAUUUAAAACAAAAAAGAGCACCA